CGCCGCGCAGCCCGUCCGUCAGAGCCGCGGGCGGCGGGCGGCGCCCACCGCGGGCACGCGACGCCCUCUGCAGGCCGCAGGCGGCAACACUGGAGCCCCGCCUCAACUCUAAAUAUCGCGAGAUCUGGAGGCGCGGCUACCAUGGCGGCGGCUUUUGAAGCCCCGGCGGCCUUGACAACCGCGGACUCCGCUAUGGCGGCCGAGCGUGUGGCUGCGCCGGUCCCGGCUGCGGAGCCGGCUCCCAGCUCCCCGUGGAGCCUGCGGACGGCUCACGACAUCGGCGGGCCGCGGACGCGAACAGGGGACGUGGUGCUGGCGGAGCCCGCGGAUUUCGAGUCGCUGCUGCUGUCGCGGCCGGUGCUGGAGGGGCUGCGGGCGGCCGGUUUCGAGAGGCCGUCUCCCGUGCAGCUCAAGGCCAUCCCGCUGGGGCGCUGCGGGCUCGAUUUGAUUGUUCAAGCUAAGUCUGGCACUGGGAAAACUUGUGUAUUCUCCACCAUUGCUCUCGACUCUCUUAUUCUUGAAAACUGUAGUACUCAGAUUUUGAUAUUGGCUCCCACAAGAGAAAUUGCUGUUCAGAUACAUUCUGUUAUUACAUCCAUUGGAAUAAAAAUGGAAGGGUUAGAAUGUCAUGUCUUUAUUGGAGGGACUCCGUUAUCUCAAGAUAAAACCAGACUUAAAAAGUGUCACAUUGCUGUUGGAUCUCCUGGUAGAAUUAAACAGCUCAUAGAACUUGACUACCUGAAUCCAGGCAGUAUCCGUCUCUUUAUUCUUGAUGAAGCAGACAAGCUCUUAGAAGAAGGCAGCUUCCAGGAGCAAAUAAAUUGGAUUUAUUCUUCUUUACCUGCCAGUAAACAGAUGUUGGCAGUAUCUGCUACUUAUCCUGAAUUUUUGGCUAAUGCUUUGACAAGGUAUAUGAGAGAUCCCACAUUUGUAAGAUUGAAUCCCAGUGAUCCAAGCCUCAUAGGUUUGAAGCAGUACUACCAAGUUGUCAAUUCUUACCCUUUGCCUCAUAAGAUUUUUGAGGAAAAGACUCAGCACUUACAGGAACUUUUCAGUAGAAUCCCAUUUAAUCAAGCCUUGGUGUUUUCUAAUUUGCACAGCAGAGCUCAACAUUUGGCUGAUAUCCUUUCUUCUAAAGGUUUUCCUACUGAAUGCAUUUCAGGUAACAUGAACCAGAAUCAGCGCCUUGAUGCUAUGGCUAAACUGAAGCAGUUUCAUUGCAGAGUCCUCAUUUCUACAGACUUGACCUCCCGUGGGAUUGAUGCUGAGAAGGUGAAUCUGGUAGUGAAUCUGGAUGUGCCGUUAGACUGGGAGACAUACAUGCAUCGGAUUGGCAGAGCUGGCCGCUUUGGAACGUUGGGACUGACAGUGACCUACUGUUGUAGAGGGGAAGAAGAAAAUAUGAUGAUGAAAAUUGCCCAGAAAUGUAAUAUCAACCUUCUCCCUUUACCAGAUCCCAUUCCUCCCGGCCUGAUGGAAGAAUGCUUGGAUUGGGAUGUGGAAGUUAAAGCUGCGAUGCAUACAUGCAUCUUACCAAGCACACCUACCCAGUCCACCAAAAAGCAAGUUCACAAACUGGAGAGAGCCUUCCAAACUCAAAGAAUUCCUGGUAACCAAAUGUCUUCCCCUAGAAAUACUUCUGUAUCUACAGUGUCAGCCAAAUCAAAACACAGCAGCAAACAAAAGCUUCCUGUGAAAAGCCACUCAGAGUGUGGAAACAUAGAAAAGACUGUUCCACCCGAAGAGUUGGGCUGUACCACACAACUGGAAGAGCAAGUGAAGAGUUCUGUUCAGACCACUGGUGAGGACUCCUCCAGUAGCAGCCAGCAGCAGGCCAAAGACGCUUCCCCUGGCUCACUCCCUAAGAUUCCUUGCCUGUCUUCCUUCAAAGUCCAUCAGCCGUGCACUUUGACUUUUGCAGAACUGGUAGAGGAUUAUGAGCACUAUAUUAAAGAGGGGUUAGAAAAACCUGUGGAGAUUAUCCGCCACUACACGGGGCCUGGGGCUCAGACUGUGAAUCCUCAGAAUGGUUUUGUGAGAAGUAGACUUCCUGAAGAUAGAGUACAGAUAUUGGCGAGUAGUAGCCAGUCUGGGGACUCAGAGAGUGAGAGCGAUUCUUGCAGCUCAAGGACUUCUUCCCAGAGCAAAGGCAAUAAGUCUUACAUGGAAGGCUCUUCUGACACUCAGUUGAAAGACUCUGAAUGUACACCUGUGGGUGGACCUCUCUCUUUGGAACAAGUUCUGAAUGGAAAUGAUACUCCAACUCAAGCAGUGUAUCAAGAAUCUCCUGAAACCCAGGUGAAGGCCAGGCAUAAAGAAGGAGCUAACCAAAGAUCUAAGCAGAGUCGGAGAAACCCGCCACGGCGCUCCUCUUACCGCGUCCAGACAGAACCCCAGGAAGAGGCUUGGUAUGACUGUCACAGGGAGACAAAUGCGAGUUUCUCUGAUACCUACCAGGAUUAUGAGGAAUACUGGAGAGCAUAUUACAGGGCAUGGCAGGAAUAUUAUGCUGCGGCUUCCCACUCAUACUAUUGGAAUGCUCAGAGACAUCCAAGUUGGAUGGCUGCCUACCAUAUGAAUACAGUUUAUCUACAAGAAAUGAUGCGUAGUAACCAGUGAUGUUAGGAUGUGCCUGAAACCAUUGACUCUCAACACAUAAUUAGAUAUGCAUUCUUCACCUAGAGCAAGUGGAGUAUGGUGGCAUUUUGGAGGAACUUGAGAGGACUCUGAGGCUUUCUACUGGGACACAACUAUUUUUCAGAUUCUUUUGACUUGGUCCAGGAAUAUUCUUUUUUUCAAUUUCAUCAGACUUGCAAGAGAAUUUUUAGAACUUGGAUCUAAAGACCCCCAAAGUGCCACUUCAUGUAGACUGUUCCCAAAAGAAGCCUUUUAAAAGGUGACAUAUGGCACUCCUUACUUAAAAAAAUUAAAAAGUUAAAAUUUGAAUGUAAUGUUAUUCUGUGGACUUCCUUACAAAAGGAUUGCACUGCAUUUCUGUAUUGCUGCAUUCUCAUGGGAAUUUGAUCAUGGUGGAUCUUUGAGUAUUAGGCAAGAAGGAAUCUAAAUGUUCUCUGCUUCCAGUGGUAGUUUUGUUAGUUGUGAAAACAGAUUUAGGUGAAUGUUCUGGAUGCUUUCUGUUCAUCUUCCUGAAGAAGCUGUGGAGGCUGCCCACGUUUCACUGUGUUAAGUAGGUCAGUGUCAUCUUGUGGCUGCCUUCUGCUGCUCACGGAAGGGGCAGCUUCUUGUUGCUUCUUGUGUUCUAAAUGAGUCUCUUAGAAGCCAUAGAUAGGUCGACCCAAGAACAUUUCCCAUUCCGUAAGUGGGACUGUGAACAAAAUUUCAAAGGGCUCCUGGGUCCUCUGAAGUGCAUCUAUGCAACCCAGGUUGAGACUUGAUGUGAGAUGCAUAGAUGUGGACUUCCUAGUUCUGUUGGUAGGCUAAUGGAAAGUUCUAGCUCUUAGUGUUGAGUGUUUGCUAGAAGAUGAGUUCAUUCUGUUCUGACUCUUCCAAUAGUAUGUCAUAAUAUUGUUAAUCUGUGCUAAAGAGUUUUUUUUUUUUUUUCUUCUUGAAUACUAGGAUCUAAGAGGAGCUAUCAUUUUUCAGAGCUGGUAGUGCCUCUGCAAAUUAUGAUUUAGAAAAGUUAUAAUUAGAGGCUAAAUGUUCUUUUAUCAUUAAACUUUUUGGUCUGGGAUUUUGCUGUGAAAUAGAUUUUAGGUGAGAGAAUCCCUUCUGUAGUGGGAAAUUAUUCACUUUAAGAAAGGAAAGUUCUUUGCUGUGUACAUAUUUAGCGGUAUAGACCCUUUAUACUAGUGUCAGCAAACACCCACAGCCAUUUUCAUUUAAUGUGGAACAUCCCUAGGAUAUAGUCUUACAGUGUUCAGCUUGAAUUUCUGUGAUUUGGCAUGGUCAAUCGUAUACAGAAAAGUCAAUACUAGUGAAGUUAGAUGAAAUAAUUUGGCAAACCUAGAUUAAGUCCAAUAUAUUACUAAGAUAAUAGAGAUUUUAAUUAUACACUUAAAUAAGAUCCUGUCAUUACUAUGUAAUUGAACUCACCUCUUUCUAUCCUCCCCCUACAACAGAGCCAACUUCAUAGUUUGCCAUUGCUAGGGGAUUUAAUUAGGAUACACUACUGCAUCCUAAUUAGGGAGGAGGCUACCAUUAGUCUUGAAAUUAAUUGGAUUCUCUCUAGGUUUGUUUUGUGUUUGCCUUUUUUUUUUUUUUUUUUUUUUUUGAUAGAAAAUUACUUUUAGUUACUCCAAGAAUAAUGUGCAUUCUUAGAGUUAUCCAGAGGAGCAGGCUUCCUCAAGAUCUCUGUAAAUGUUAACACUGAACGCCUAAUUUAAGCUUCACGUAGUUACAGGGCUGUAGAGAGGGCUGGUAAGCACACUUGCCACUUGCCACCAAGCUUGAAGACCUGACUUUGAUCUUCAUGGAAGGAGUUGUCCACUCACUGCCAGGAGUACACUCUGUAUCCCAUACACUAAGUAAAUGGAAAACAAAAACCUCCCAAAUCCCAAUAGCAAGUAUAUGAAUUAAAGCUUUAGAAAUCCGAGGCACUUUGAAAGCAGGCUGGUGGCAGCUGUUUCCAUUCCAGGUCGUGGUGGCUGCAGAGGUGAAAGUGGGAGACAUUCACUACCACUUGGGCGUAGAUUACUGUGUGUGUGGAGGGGCACACUUUGCUAGGAACCUUCAGUCAGGCGUGUGGCCACAUAACGUGUUAGAAACCAUGCACACAGGUUUUCUGUAAAGUCAGUUGGGAACUUGUAUUAUAAAAAGAAAACUUGUCCUGAUGAAGACAUUCUACCUACUUUUGUACCUUGUACAGUCAUCUAACCUCUCCAAACCCAGCUUUCUCAAUAAAAUGAGACAUUGGAUUAGA